AUGCCUUCUGUUUGGGAGACUCCCUGUGAAUCAGAAGCAAUGCCUGAGACAGUGGUGAAAAUCAUUGGAAGUAAACACUUUCGGUACCUUGUGGAGAAGCCAAAGAUCUCAUCACAGUCAUAUUUGAGGGAGGACACUCAGGUAUCUCUAAAAUUCACCGGGUACUUGGCACAGAAGGAGGAGCAACACCAGGAAAAGAAGAGGAAAUUCCUGGAAAGCACAGAUUCAUUGAACAGUGGACUUAAAAAUUUGUGUGGUUUGAAAGUCGGAGUGGAUAUGGAAAAAACUGCGGCUGAAAUGGCACAGGCAGAGGAACAGCCUCGAAAAAGGCAGAAGGAAAGGGAGAAAGAGGCAGCAGAGCAAGCUGAACUUGGUCAAAGCAGCAUGGUUCCUGAGGAAGAGCAAGCUGCAAGGAAGACCAAGGAGAAGAAAGACGACAAGAGAAUCCCGAUGGGGACAGAGGAGACACGCCUUGAAGAAGCUACAGAAAGCACGUCUACUCCUGAGGACAAGGAGAGCGGGCAGGAGGGGGUGAACAGUACAGCUGAGGAAGGGGCCUGUGAGAGUAAUGCCGGCUCAGAGAGCCGCAGGGCCACAGUGGAGGAACCACCAACAGACCCCAUGCCGGAAGACGAGAAGACGAAUAAAUGUCGCCUUGCUCAAUGUGAAGCUGUUUCUUUAUUAAUCUCCUACAAAGUGUUGCAAGACAUAGGCAUAAAACCUUCAAUUCCCAGCCAGGCAAAUGCCCACUGCAGCUCAGUACCAACUGGAGACCAGUCCCUGUCCUAUAUCCAUGGCCUCCCCAGAAGAAACAUUAGAGACCGGUCCUUGGAACAGAUGGCAAGGGACAGCUCUGACCAACCUGAGGAUUUUGGCCAGAGGCCAAGUGGAACAACAAGAGAAGAUGCUUUUCUUCUUGCCCUGGUCAGAAGAGAACUCAGAUCACGCCCUUUGAGUUCUGGCUUACUAGAAAAAUUUCAGAAAGAGCUGAAGACCCUGGAUCCUAUCUCUUCAGGAUUUCUUCUCCAAUCUCAACUGAGCCGCCUUUUCUUGAGGCAUGAAGUCCCUCUACAGUUACCAACAGUCAAGAUCCUUUGCCAGAGAUUUUCUAGGAGGGACUCUCCAGAAAUGGUGAAUUAUGGAAAGCUCCUCUGGUUUUUAAGAGCUGCAGCUUUAGAUGAUCCACAGCAAAGCAAAGAAGCUGUGGGCAGUAACCCCAGGAAAUCUCAGGGUUGUCAUCAUCAUGGCCAAAGUAUGGCUCCUCGAGAUGCCAGCCCUUGGUCAGAAGUGGGCAAGAACCUGUUGGAGAUCCUGAUGGCACUAAGGACAACCCAUGGAAAACUCGACCUAGAGGGCCUCAGUCUGAGUUUCCGGAAAGAAGACCACUCUUUCUCCGGUUCCCUACCCCCACCCAAGGUCAGGGCUAUAUGUGGAAAGCAUGGAUUAUAUCUAACUUUGAGUCUCCUGGAAACAUUGCUAAACCAUCAAGAUUUGGGUUACCAUGGUGAAAUAAAGUAAGUUGACUUUUUAUUCACAUAUAUCAGUCACUAUUGUGAUACUCUAGCUAAUUUUCUGCAUAUCUUACCGUCUCGGCUGGCUGGGGAUCUUCCUGAGGUAAAAGGAGUUCUGGAGAAGGAAAGGGCCAGACGCCUCAUUCACAACUACAAUCUCAUUUACAACCUGUCCCUGAGCCCUCGGAAAAUCGACCAAGCCUUGAGGAGAUUCCGUGCGGGAGAAAAUAUGCUCUUGGAGCCAGCACUUCGGUACUUAAAGGAGCUAUGA